AUGUCUACUCGGUCACCAUGGGCAUAUAGGCAGGGGGAACCAUGGGGUCUUAAAGUUCCUAACCAAAACAUCAGAUUUUUGGUAGUUAAUGAUAAAUUGUAUGUUUAUAUACCCCAAAAAAAAAAAAAUAAAAAUAUUGGCUACAUCCAAAAUGUAGAUCCAAGAUUAGGUAACGCCGGUAAUAGAUAGCAAUAAUGUAGUUAUAAUAAUAGUUGAAUUCUAACUACCUACCCUAUAAGAUAUUCUUUGCAUAGCGGAUAGCAUCUUUAAUCGUGAUGGAUAGUAAUAAUAAGUGAUGAUAAGCUAAUAUAUGAAAAUUAUAAUAAUUAAUUAGCACAACCUGGCGGUCACGCGUUUCUGGUGUAGCCGCGAGUAUAGUCGUGGAGGGGAUAACUACUUAUCGUCAGUAAAUAAAACUCAGUUCUAUUCACUUGCAUUAUCACAGUAGCACUAUUUUUAACUGUUUAUAGACAGAAAAAUAGAGCAAAGAAUAAUUGUAGCAGAGAUGAGAAAUUUUAUUAGGUAGAUGAGUGAAAUGACGAAAGAAGAUAGGAUAAGAAAAUAGUACAUAAGAAGUACCUUAAAUGCUUAGGUGUAACUUUAAUAUUAUACAAAAUGAGUGAAAAUAGACUAGAAAGUUUAGGCAUACGAGUAUCAUGGGAAGAAAUACUAAAUAUUUUACCCGUGUAUUGAACAAAUAAUGUGUAAUAAACAAAACAAAUAAAAAAUUACCUUUUGGAAAUGUAUAUGUGUAAAAAAAAUAAAGUUGAAAAAGUUAUGGUAUAUUUAUAUAUUUAGGUAUAUUCGAGAAAUAAAACAAUGAAAAAAAAAUACAAUAAAACAAAUUUUUCUGACCACUAAGUACGACUUAUAACGAUCCUCCUAUUAAAUUUCAUAGCAUUUCUGUUUAGUUGAACAGAGUACCUACCAAACAAAAAUUACAUACAAAAACACCGAAAAAUUAAAAUGUCUAAAAAAAAAACUAAAAAAUGGCUAGUGUUUUGAAAAUUUGACCACGUAUGUAAGUGCUCUUAGAGAUAAAUCUAAAUAAUAAAAAAUAGAUGCGUUUUUCAUUAUAUCUAUUAUUAUAAUUUAGAUUUUAUAAUAGUGUAUAAUUAAAAUGUUAUUUUUAAAUUAUCAACACACCAUACCUAUGGGUUUAUAUUGUGCGUAAACCAUAUAUGUUGUACGUUAUUGUAAUUUUUUAAUAUUACUAUUCGCAAUAAACUAUUUUUUUUUUUUAAUUCAUUAAAUAAUCAAUGAUGUACAUUGUGCAUACCUGUGUGUGUUCACUGUUCUGUAUCCCCAACGAUAAAUGUGAUGAAUGAUGAUUUAUAUAUUGUGCUAUGACUGUUAUGCCCUAUGUGUUUUAAAGUUGAAUUAUAAUGGAAAUAACCAAUAUCAUAAAAUCAUGUUGAAAAGUCUUAAGAUUUGCUCCAUCUGUUUAAAUCACAAAAAGAAAAUAUUUUCAAUUGGAUGAUGUAUAAAUUGUAUAAUAUACAAUGUAUAUAUCUACUAAUUUAUUAUUUAUCGUCUAUUAUCGCGUAUGCCCAUUCUUUAUCUACGUAGUUGAUUGUGACUAUUGAACGAUUUUAUUCAUGUUUUGAUGUCUAAUGUCUUACGACUUUUAAAUUCUGAGUGUAGCGAAGAAUGUAUUGAUUUUACUAAGAUGUUUAUAUAUAUUUUUUUUUUUAUACUGUGUACAAAAAUUUGACCAGAAAUCUAGCUCAGAUUUAUAAGCGCGGUACUAUUUCUGAAAGGGAAUGUUGUCCAGAUGAUACUUUUGGGAAGUCAAUUUUUAUUGCAGAUGUAUAUUGCAGAUUUUAAAACGGUGAUGAAGUCAGAAUUGAGUGGACUGUCUAAGUUUUAAAAUGAUAGCUUUUUAAAUUCUGAAAUUAUGCGGAUAUUAUAUAUUAUAUUAAAUAACUAAAAAUUGUCCUCUUUAAGGUAUGUCUGUCGUAGCUAAUGGUUUAUACAUACAUAUUGUCAUUCUAAGAAUUGCGAGUUCGAACCUGUGUUUUCGAAAAAAAUAAUUUGCAUUUUUUUUUCCUUUUUCCUAAACAAAGAAAAAACAAAUACAUUUUGCAAGUAUCUAAAGACUCGAGCCAUCGCUUACUCAGACUUUUUUAAUCGCAAAAUACCCCUCGAUUUGUUGUGCAAACUUUUCUACCAACAAUUUUACUCUAAUGUAUUAAGUGUAGUAUUUUCUGAAAGAAAAUUUUAUCUCCGUGGUAACUUGGGAGGGUUAUUUUUUGGUUUUCUCAGGAGUUUUCCCAAUAAAUAGGAAAAACCGUGAAAAACUGAUAAAAAACGGGAAAAUUUACAAAAUACAUUAGCAAAAUAUUACAAAUUUUUUUUCUGUAGACAACUUUUCUACCAGCAAUUUCGCUCCGAUAGAACUUUUUUUAAAUAGAAACUUGACUAGGGAGGUACUUUAAAAAGGUAAUUUUUUGAUUUUUCCAAUUUUUCUCAGCAAAUGUGAAAACCGAGAAAAACAUGGGGAAAUCAGGAAAAACGCAGAAAAUCAGGAAAAUCAGUACAAUAUUGAACAAAUAUUGUUAAAGAAAAUAUAUAACGCUCAUUUAAUUACUUUACCAUAAUUUGAUAUAUAAAUUGUUAACAAAGUAUUACCAUCAAUUUAACUGCGCUCAGAAUCGUUUAUCGUUAGCAAUGGUUUAUCGUUACUUACAGAUAUACAUUAAAUUACCUAUAACAGUGGCUGCACCCGACCCCAUUAUCCUAGGAUGUCUUUUUUUUAUACAUAUAUUAUUAAAUAAUAGAUACCUAAUAGUUUAAUGAAUAUAAUACAUAUUUAUUUGUGAUUCACUUAGUUUAAAAUUUCAAAAAAUUAAGAUUGAUUGAAUGAGCCUGAAAUUGUUUAAUCCGUCGCCACGACGUCACUGAAUGGCAUUUUUAUAUUAUUCACUUUUUUUAUGUAUCAAUAACAUUAUUUAUCAUUAGUCAUUGCACGUCCACAUAUUCUGUCGGAUCUCAACGAGUCAAGGUUCCGAGCCCCAGACAUAAUAUUAUACAUAUUAUGUAAGAGUAAAAUAAUGUAUGCGUUAUCAGUACAUACAUAUGUUAUCUAUUAUACGAAAUAACAAUUAACCUUUUUUUAUUUGUAAAUAAUAAUAGUUCGUUACGUAUUUUGUAAUUAUACAAUAUUUGUUUAACUCUGUGUACCCAUGUACAACAAGACACAAGUUUGUUGUCACCUGAAAUGACUGAAUAUGUCUAUUAAUAUGUAUUGUUUUGCCAUGUAUAAAAAAAAUAAUACGCAUAGGUGCAUCGUGCAUGACUUAUUCCAAACAUUAGAUUUAACAUUUAUUUUAGAUUCCAAGCGUAGCGAGGGGAACUAUUGGUUUUACAAUGCUGUUUAUUUUUUUGUUCUAGUCUGUGGACACGUUUUUCCUUGUUAACUUGCUCCUACCUAUAAUGGAUUAGGUAUUAUUUUAAACGUCUUUAGAAUGUAUAAUUUAUAGGGAUGAGAAUAGGCCGAUAUCACUUUUAACCGAUAUCCGAUGUUCGACAUUUAAAAUUGAAAACCAUUAGUUGAUAUAGAAAUUAACCAAUGUACUAUUAUUAUAUGUUUUCAUAUUCCAAAGAUAUUAUACUUGUAGAAAUUUUUCUUCGAAAAUGUUGAGUUAAAUAACAGUUCCCUGAAAAUUAAUUUAAUAUCUGCAGAUAUUAUAAGUAUAGGUUUAUGUAUCAGUCCACCCCUAAAUUAAUUUAUUCUCUUUCUAUCUAUAUAUAUAUAUUCAGCAGUGGUGCUAGCGUGCAACUAAGAUUAAUUUUCAAGAGGAGAGUAGGUUAUAAAUUACUAAAAAUAUGUAGGUACCUACGACGUACGCACAUUCAAAAUUUAUUCAAAAUUUAUUACAAUAAUAGGAAAUGCCUAUAAUUAUUGCAAUAUAAAUUUACUUUGUAACUGUAUAUUAUUCGUUAUGUUUAUUAGGUAGAAUUCGUAAAAUCACAAAUUUCGGGGUGGUUAUAACUUCAAAUCCCAAACCUCCCAGGUUGCACCACUGCUACAAAGAUAAAUACUUAGAUAGAUACCUAUUAAGUAUAGUUUUAAUAUUUAAUAUUUCUAUAUUUCUCCCCGCUUAUUAAUUCUUGAACGUAAAAUCAUUAUCGCCAUAAUUUAAUUUGUAAUGCGUUAAAAUAGAUAUAUUAAACCUGCCUAUAUUACAAAUUACUAGGAUUCGAUAACAAUACAAAUUAGAUUAAAUUUAAUAUUCUAAAAAUAUAUCUUCAUAAUUCACAAUUUAAAAAUAAACCAUCUUUUUCAAUAAUUGAAAACUUAAUUAAUUAUAUACUAUGUUUAGACAAAUUUAUUGGAAAUACUUUUAAAAUGUUUAAAUUUAGAAAGCAUUCUGUCUACCUAUAUAGGUAAGAUAUAUAUAGGCAUAUAGUAUUUAUAGCAUUUUCUGAGCUCAUUCUCAAUAAAUUGUUUACUCAACCCCUAACGAGUUAUUACUUUACAUUUGGUAUACAAAUUUUGGAAUUUAAGAAUUUAUUAUUCAUUAGGCAGCGCCUAAAUAAAAUAUAAUCAAAUAUAUAGGUUCAUCAAAUAACAAUUAUUGAUCCUUAACAUAAUGUUAUGAAUACAUAGACCUUUAAUUUAAUAAUAAAAAAAACAAUUGUUAACAUAUUAUAAAAUAGUUAAAUAUCAAUGUAACUUUAAAUUUCAAAAUUUUUAAGUUGGAUUUCACAAUUUUUGUAUUGAUAAUUUAGGUGUAAUUAUUUAGGUUGUACAAUAUCACCUAAUUAUUCUAAUACAGUAAUAUCUACAACCAUUUAUUAAGUAUAUUCAAUUAAUAUUAUAAGGAUAUAACCUACCUAUUUUAAUAUAAUUAAGUUUCGAAAUGUACCUAUAUAGUAUAUACAUUUCUUAUUCUUAAAAAUUAAAUUUUGGAAAUUUAGAAACAUUUAAGUACAUAAUAUUGUAUGUUUAUCUAAAUCUUUAAUAAGCUACUAAAAUUUAUGUAGGUAAUAUUGUAAAUAAUAAUACGUUAUAUUAUUUUUACUAUACUUAUAUACUUAUAUUAUUUUCUACUGUAUUCUGUUAUUCCUACGUUUUUCACAUUUUUUAUGAAAACUUCUUGGAAAUCAAAAAUUAAUCUCCCUAAAGUACCACCCCAGUCAGACUUCCUUUCAGAAAAAGUGCUAUAAUUGAAAAUCACAGAUUUGUCCAUUACUGUCGGUUUAAGAACCGAGUUAGAAUAAGAGUAGCGUGUAAUGAAGUCGAAGAAGAUUGACUGUGGUAGUACCUGUGAAGGUUUAUACAAUCCAAUUAUAAACAAUCUGCAUACAGUUCCAGUGUAUAGUAUUAUAAUAUCAAUUUUUUUAAUUUCCGUUACUUUAAAACACCGUUCAAGGUUAUCACAAGGGGUGUAAACUGUAAUUUUGACUUUAAAUUCCAUUAUUACGAUCUUCAGAUUAGGUACCUGUUUUCGUAACAAAAAUGGUUUUGGAAGAAGUCAUCUAAUGAAUAAUGAACAUUGAGUAUUGACCAUGAAAUGUAUUCUAUGAUUAUUAUGUGCACGCUGAACGCCAGCUGUGAACCACCUGUUUUCCUUUAGUCCUGCGCCACUUGGCUGCUACAAUCUUACAAUGCAGCUAAAAAAAAAAAAAAAGAUUUUGUUUUUAAUAUCGUAGUUAACUGAAUAGGUAUCUACUACCAAAUACUAUGGGUACUUAAACUGUUUUAUAUUUCGGUACAGGAAUUGGACAGAACACUUGCUCGCAAUAAAUAAUAUUUUGUAAUUGUAUUUACGCGAACCACUAAUGUGCACUGAAUGCAAUUAUUAUUUAAUAUACUUAAUAGAGAAUAUAGAUACAGUGCAUAAUGAGUUACACUCUAUAGAUAGUGUUUAUCGUUUGAUCAAAUGAUUAUAUUUUGUAUAUAUCAACCACGAUUUAUGGUUCAUGAAGACAUGAAAUAUGUAUGAUUGUAUGAAUAUGAGUUGUCAGUUCUAAGACCAUGGUUAUCAUCAUAAUAUAUUGUCAUACUUGUCAAUUGCCAUAAUACCUAUUAUUAUUUUAUUAUUGUAAAAUUGAGAUUUUGUGUCAAGUCUUAAAUAUAUAUAUUAUAUUCUUCUUUCCUUUACCUUCAUCCACUUAGGCACAACAAGACCAUAUAUAAGAACACUUAUUGAAGUACAUUACCUAUUUCUGUUUUGUGUGAGUACACGUACGUAUCGUCAGUUCCCCCCUUCCCCCCUAUUGGCAGUCGUCAUUUUUUAAUGUAUGUAAUUUGUAUGUAUUUAUAUGACUGAACCCAGAAUUUGUAUGGCAUUUUUUACUGCAGUAAAUCAACUUUUAAAUGGGGGAAGGCAUGUGUAAAUAUACGUACAAUUUUAAACUUAUAGCGACGAGAAUAUUUAGUAUGUCAUUAGUAUGUAUUUGUAUGUUUCCGAAAUCUCUACUACCUUCAUUCAAUUUUCACAACUUUGAACAUUUAACGACGCCAAUAAUUAUAGUAGAUACCCAUAUGACAUAUAGUACCUAUGUGGCUAAGUGUACCCAUUUACACAAAUUUACACAGCAAUUAAUAUGCGAUUCAAUAUACAAUGGCUUGCAAUGUUCAAAGUAUAUACCUACCUAAUAAUUAUGUCUUUUUGUACUUGCAUACAUUCGGCCAACUACCACGUUCCCUACAGUGGUGGAUUUAGUGUUUUGCCGCCCAUGGGUUUAAUCCCUCUGGUGCCUCCUCCCAACCCUUCACACUACUAAGGAACCAAGAAUAUUUGGUCUGAACUCUUUUGUUUUAUAUUAUUAAAGGUUACAGCCACACGAACUAUAGGUAGGUAAUACUUGAUCGCUCGCUGGUUUAUUUUUGUACCACUACCAUAAUAUAAUAUAUAUUUGCAUAUUUGUGCAAUACUGCAAUAGUGAAACCUAUGCUGCCCUGCCAUAAUAAAAGACAAUAUCUACAAAAAUGCAUAUGUUGGGAAAAUGGGUUUUUCUUCUUUUUGAAAUUUUUUGCUUGUUAACAAUAUUAUUGUUAAUUAUUAAUGUUAUUCAAUAAUAUUUUGGUCAUAAUUUGUAAUUAUUUAUCUCGGAAUUCGUUCUGGAUAAUUUAAUAUUUCCUGAAUCAAAUAUUUAUAGUUUAUGCCUUAUUUGACAAGAUUAAGUAGAUACUGCAUUUGCGAUAGUCAAAAAUUAUUAAAACUACAAUUACAAAAGCAGUAUCAACCAAUUCAACCAAACAUACAAUUUUUCUUUUUUAAAAAACAUAAUAACAAAUUAUAAUCACCAUAGUUGAACCACUUAUGUAUUUAAUUAAUAAAAUAAUAAAAUAUGAUUAGCAAAUUAAGUAUAAAAUGAUGUCUGAUAUGAUUAAUGUAUCAUAACUUAGACUGUAUGUUACAUACUAUUUAAGUAUUAAUAGUACCUAUUUAUGACUCUAAAAAUAAAAUAAAUAAAUUCUAAAAUAUAAAAAAUAACUAAUUCCGACUAAUUAAAGUUAGGAACAAACUUAUUGAAAUAUCUUUACUUUAUGGAAUUACAAAAGAAUUUAAAAUAUUGACAUUCAAUAUUAUGAACAUGUAUACUGCUUACUGUUGAUUAGAUAAUCUAAGGUUACUAAAUAUAUACGCACUAUAUAUGCCGCUAAAUAAAUUUACUAAACGUAUAAGUUUUAAACUAUACAACAUAAACUGCGUUUUUUUCUAGAAUGGCGAGAUGUACGUUUUGAACAUAUUUUUAAACUUAUAGCAUGAUGACAUAAAUAAUGUUUAUAAUAAUGAUAUGAAAUUAUUUGUAAUUUUGUUUAAAUAUUUUAGAAUAGAUCAAUUUUCAAUAUUUCUUCUAAUUUUAUUGAAACUGCCCAUGCAAAACCUCUUAAAAUACUGCACGUACUACGUCCGUGAGAUUUUCCAAUUUCAACGUUCAACAAACCGCUGUCAAAAUAGUUAUAGGACACUAUAAUUUGAGGUUAUACAUAAAUUAUAUUAUAAGUUAAGUUAUAUAUAAAACCAUAUUUAUACAAUUUCCUCAAAUUUGGUAUGGAGAGGGAGAUAUCCACUAGAUUAUUUCUUAUAAAAAAAUAAACUCCAAUAUAGCUUUGGCCGAAAAAGUGACAAAUAAUCGUCACUAAUCUUAAUCUGUAAGUCUCUGUCUACUUAAUCUAUAAGUACCUAUACCAAAAAAUCACUUCAUGGUUAAAUCAUGGUUUGAUUAUGUUCAGAAUAAAAAUUACAUCAUUAUUUUAUUUGAUUGAAAAGGUGCCAAAUAUUCAACGUUAAAAAAAUCUUCUAGAAUUGGUACCUAUAUUGGUACCUGUAUUGGUACCUAUAUUAGUACCACCGAAAAUGAGGCUCACCUUGUGCAAUUGAUUAUAAGGUCAUUUAUUUUGAAUCGAUUUCUUUCUACUUUUGCUUUUGUUUUUGAGGAUAUUUACAAUGUAUAGCAUGUACAUCAUAUAGAUGAAAUAAUUAAUUAAAUAAGCAUCUAAAUUGUUUUAGUUAUGUAUUUAUAUUAUGUAGUGGUUGUCCUCUACAAUAUAAUUUAAAUAUCAAGGUAUAGAGUGGUGUAUUGGAGGGUAUACGGGAGUAUAUGGCGUAUACCCAAAUCGUAUUAAAUGUGUUAAUCAUAGACACAUUAAUUAAAAUAUACAGCCAUACAGGAUACCGAACGGAAAGGUCUUAUCAAUUUUUUUUUAGAGUCCACCCGGUUCUCACUGUUUGGCAAAACAGCUAGCGCUUUUAAGACGAAAUUGGUAUAAAAAUCAAUUAAAACCAGUUAAAAAUUUUGACUGGAAGAGUAGGAUGUGCAAUAAAUUGUAAAUCUAAUCUAACACAGCCUUAGACCGACCUUCUAUGAUAAACAUUGACAUAGUUUGUAAAGAGUACACUAGAUGGUGUUAAUGGCCUUGCCAAAAGUGAGAAGAUUCGAACUUAACUUAUCACACUUUCGUUCUGUAUCCUGUAUAUCUUAAUUCGUGAUCAUAGCAUAAUAUAACUUUUUGAAAAUUAGACCAUACGCAGGUAUACACGCUCAUAUACGAGCGUAUACUGAUAAAUAAUUUCUGAAAUAUUGAUAAUAAUAUAUUUUCAUCAUUGUUGUACCCGUCGCCAAUAACAUUUUUUUUUUUUUUUUAAAUUGUUUUCAGAUAAAAUAUUUAAUACUUAUAAUUCAUAUAAUUUAUAUAAUAUAAACUUAUAUAAUUACAUAUAAUUUAUCCUAGAUAAUAAAGAUACAUUUCAUUUUUAUUAACUAUAACAAUUAUGUAAUUUAUAAAUGUGCAUCAUAUCCUUAGUCUGCACACAGAAUUGUGAUUGUCAGCCAAUCUAAGGAUCGAUUAAUGAUCAAUCUUCAAUCGAAACGUUUCGUCGUAUGAACUAUUAUUUUAUAGGAGUUAUGGAAAAUAUUAUAAUAAAAUUAUGAAAUACCAAUUUUAGGAUGUGUUUUUUCAUUGUGUAAAUAUAAAGUAGUAUAAUUUGUAUUUUUUGGGUGAAUAUUUAAAGAAUAGGUAAAAUGAUAUAAAAAUAACAAAAAUAAUGUGGUUAAAGUAAAAAGGUAAUAAAAGUACUUAUUUUGGAGUGCAGUGUAAUAAUGUCUAAUAUUUUUAUAUUUAAGGCGUAGCAGGACAAUUUUUUUGUCAUAACAUAUCAUUCAAAAGUGCGUAUACACCAAAAUUAAUUUACUAAUACACCACUGGGUGUAAUAUAUCAUUAUAAAUUUGUCAAACAAAUAUUUUAUAUAAUUAUCCAAAUCAAAUUUAAUAUUUUAAUUUACAUAUAGGUAAUUAUACGCAAUUUAGAUAUUCAUUAGUUAUCAAACAUAAUAUGUUACAUUUUAUUACAAAUCAUUUUAUUUUUACUAUUUAUUCACAUUUGUAUAUAGUAUAUAAUUAUACUUUAAUUAAAAAUCACAUUUUUGGAUUAUUUUGAUUAACUAUUGAUAUAUUCAUAAGAUUAUAUUUUAUCAUUAUAAUUUAAAGAAAACUGUACUAGCCGAAAAGGAAAAGGUUAAUUUUUGGCUGAAAAAGGACACUGCAGGCCAAUACGAGAAAAGUACAUUUCUGCCGAAAGGGGGCCACUCAUAUUAAUUAUUGCUCUAGGAUUAAUGUGGUCAAAAGUUUUAGAGAAGUUGGUGUAAAUGAGAUCACCUUGCGAGUGUUUGAAAGUUUAUAAAACAAAAAGACGAAUAUACUUCGCACGAUGGAUAGGUCACUGUUGUAGGUGAGAAGUUGAGAAAGCAGGAUAUAGAGGGGAAUUUAAUGUAAAUCUGUACGCAACGAUUAAUCAUUGCUAACGAAAAACGAUUCUGAACGAAGUUCACAAAAAUUUACGAUUUUCGUCAAAAUUUGAUAUUGAAAUUCGUAUAUAAAAAUAUUCUACAUUACAAUCGAUAUUUUUUUCGACCACAAAGUACGGACUUAUAAUGAAUCUCCGUUAAAUUUUCAAUCAUUUUUGUUUGAUUUAACAAUUUUAUUCACAGAAUACCUGCUGAAUAAAAAUUACUUAAAAAACUCGCAGAAUUAAAAUGUCUAUAAAUAGCUCAAAAAUGAAUAAACAUUUUUGAAAAUUUUAUUACGUCUAGAAAAGGCAAAUAUAUAAAUUUCUGUUUAAAUUUCAAAUCACUGCGAAUAUGUUUUAUUAAAUAAAAACAAAAAACUAAAUUGAAAAUAAUACAUUUCGUUUAUUUUCUUGUUUUUCCUACGUUUAUUUCCGAGUUUUCUCAAUUAUUAUGAAAACCACUUCGAAAAUUAAAGAAAUGACCUUUUAAUAAUAACCACCUAAAUAAAAUUUCCUUUCAGAAAUGGUGCUACACUUGAAAAUCGGAUCAAAAUUUCUGGUAGAAACGUUUUUCGUAGAAAAAUUGAAAAUUAAAAAUUAACAACAUUAUAAAACAACUAAUACAUUCCUCGCUCCGCUCAGAAUCUAAAUGACUUUUCCAAAUAGACAAAAUUUGUUAUCAGAAAUCACACUUCAGAAGUUUGAAGAUCAGAGCAAGAUUUAUAAUAGAAAUGUUGUUAAGAGAUACAAAAAAAAUACACACAUCAAUACACCAUAGUACUAACAAGAAUUAAGCUCUUGUAAAACAAAAUUACGGCAUAACAUAAUUUUGUUUUAUAAGAGUUCAAUUAAUUGAUAAAAUUCGUUAUAAUAAUAACAUUAAUCCUAACACGAAAAAUUGUAAAUUAUUUCGCGGUUCAAAAUUAAUAAUAAAUAAAUACGUGGGAUUUAAAUUUAGUACACAAGAUAAAUGUCAAAGAGCGCACGCGAUAUGCAAUUGCUUAACUCAAACAACUCGAUCAAUUUUUUUUUUUUAAGUACGUCGUACAUCGAUUAAAUAUAUAACAAGGUGGUGCGUGUAUCUAUAGUGUAACAUUUGCACUUUUAAUAUCGUCCCUGCAUAACAAUUUUGGCCGACGAUCGUGUAAUAUAAUAGCGGCACUGGCCACUGAAGACAGUAGGCAUACGCUACGUCCACUGGAGCCCCGCCCGCGGCAUUACACGCCGGGUGUUAUUAUUUAUAAUAUUAUUAUUAUAUUUUGAACGUUGCCGGAACGGCGGGCUUCGGUGGGUUGGCAGCUAUGCGCGCCGGCGAGUGAGCGCACGUGAGUGAGUGAGACGGACGACCGGCAACCGGCGAGAGCAGCAGCCACGGCAGCCGUGGAUUGCCGAGCGAUUCGCGCGCAACGUUUGGCAACACUCGUCCAGACAAUCGAAACGCACACACGAGUUCACCGUACAACUACUACAACAUGUCCGUCUGUGAAACUCGCGUUUCCCCGUGUCUGCAACGAUAAAGUGCCGUCCUAAACGAUUGCCGCCGUGUGUUUUCGUGGAUGCGCCUGUACUUUGAGUUUUUAAGCCGCCGCAACCGACCGACCGACGACGACUACCAGCCAGCCGAUAGUUUUUAAUACAGUAUAUUGUCGUCCGGCAUCCGUCGACAAUAUACGUCAAUUCAGGUUAGUACAGCGUCCUAGCCACCGACCGGCGUCCUCUUAUCGACGACGACGCGCCCCCUUAUAAAAACCGUGUGUAACAUUUUUGUAUGCACGGCGAGACGGUAUUCUGGGUUUAAUGGAAACGUGGACGGAUGUCGUUAUAUCGUCGCGCGUCGUCUCUUGGCAAUUGAGCAGUUCCGCCGUGUUGUUAUACGGACGUGUAGUUGUUUAACCCUUCGCCGCCGCCGCCGUCGCCGGUUAUACGUGUCGACUGCGUCUUGGCGAUUUUUACCGUUAAAAACGAAUGGUAAAAAAAAAAAAUUUACAUUCCCUAUUCGAAACCAUUUGAAUUCGGAAAGUAUACGGCUGCGUUGUACUGACCGCUGGCAUAUUCGACGACCCUUUCGCUAGUCGAAGACCAUCGAAACUCGUAAUAAACUAAUGAUAAUUGUUUAGUAUACCCACAGCCCAAAUGUACCGUCUGCUCGAACGACGUUUGACCUUUCUGCUCCUUCCAACAACUGCCGAAAAAAAUAAAAACGAAAUAUGAUAUAGUUUAUUCAUCACGUCGUCCCGUAUUAUACGCGCCGCGUCACAAGGUUUUCGAUUAUAACUGUUUCACGAACGCCAAACAAACAUUAUAUUCCCAAACCAGACUUUUGUGUUGCGAAAUAUUGAACCAUUUUGUUUUUAUAACCUCUAUGCCAUAUUUCAGGUACUUCAUAUUUUCUAUAGUAAUUGGCCGUCGUCACUAAUAAGCGCGUCGUUAUUGUCACUCGAAUUUGCCGUCGCCGAUGAAUAUUGUAUUUCUGUAAAUUACAAAAAAAAAAACUUUUGUUAUAGAGCUUGGUUCUUCUACUUGUUAUCAUUACAGUGCUGAUAUUUCAUCGAUAAUAAUGAAUACCGUCGUAAUUUUUUUUUUCAAAUUGUCAAUACUUAAUCCGGCCGUUUGAAUAUUUUUGAUUAUAAUUGAUCGUUUGGUUGUGACUGACGAUAACCGUGUAAUUGAAUUCAAAUAUUAUGUUUCGUAUUUUUUCUUCUGAAUUCCGUUAUAGUAUUAUUAUAUUUCUAAUGGUAUCCUUUCUCUGUUUAUCUAGAAAAAAUUAACUAAUUUCAAUUACAGCUUUUUUAAAAAUCUAUUUUAUUGUAAUGAUUAUUUUAGUAAUAAACGAUUUUCCUAUUAUUUUUAAAAUUAUAAUUUCAAUAUUUGUACGUAAACGCCGGUUUAGAUAAUGUUAUACUAUUAAAUAACAAUAUUAUACCCGAGUACGUUUCGUGCAACUCGUUUAUCGCAUAAGACACACUAUUUUUAAAAAAAAAAAAAAAACGUAUUUUUAAAAACUUUUUUCUACUACGUAUAAAAUUGUAACGCGGCGCUCUUACUCCCUCCGCGCUCGGUGUCUAAAUAUAUCGGCUGUGGGUCUCGUAUGCGCAAAAAAAGUUUGUAUUAUGGUGGCCAGUAGGUUUAGUUAUAAAAUGUUGAAUCUGGUGUAAAACUCUGAACGAUAUUAUUAUGUACAGAAAUUCAACGCUUCAAAAUGGAUACCUACUAUCGAGAACGGGUCGAUCCACUUAUUUGAAGGUAUCAGUGGUAUAAACCCGUGUAUUUAUAGGCAAUUAUUAGCGUGCAAACGUAAUAAUAUAUGCAGCUGCCUAAUUUAAAAUACUUAAUCCUAAAUCGCACUAUUUAAUAUAUUGAAUAUGAAAUAAAUAAUAAACACCCAUAACUAAUUAAUUAUAACUCUUGGGAUACAGACGUGUUGUGCUUAAAGAGAUUUUAAACUAAUCGAGUAUUGUCGGUCGUUUAUGGACAGAUAAAGGAACGCGAAUUAAACGCCAUUAUUUAAAAUAUAUCACGUUCUAACAGUUUGUAAUGCAAUUAAUUAUUGUAAUAUCUAAUUUGAAUAUAAUAUUAUAACGUUUAACGUAUUACCUAAUAUCCGAGCUAAUAUCUAUCUCCUUUGUUUGCAUAUUUUAUUAAGAGUUCUGCUUGUGGUUUUUUUCAAAUACAAUUUGUUAAUAAAAAAUUAUGAAUGUUUACAAAACAAGUCUUAACAAAUAAUUCAAACAGUGCUUGAGCACGACCUUUUUUUAUGUUAAAAAAAAAUAUGCUUUAUAAGAAAAACUCGCACACCCUCGUAGAAUAAUCCAAUUUAGAACAUUUUUUAUUCAGUUUGAAAGAGAGAAACUUCCUUAGGAGGUCUUCUUAGACUUUAAUUUUUGAUUAGAUAACAAAGAACAUUUAUAAAAGUUGACCAUAACUCUAAUUAUACCGUUUAGAAAUAUACCUAAUCCAAGUCCAAUGCUCUUUGUAGGAAGUCUUUUUACAGCCAACCAAUAAAAGAUAAUCGAAAUGCGCUCAUUCUACGAGGUAUUAGUAGGUUUUUUUUUUUAUAGAGCUUGUUUUUGAGCAAAAAAAAAAGUACAUUAAUUUUACGAAAUGUGCAUGCGAUUAUGCAUUCUUAUAAAUCGUUUAAUAAUUUACUUGCUAAAAUGUCGAAAGUCGUUUAAAAAUUAGUAGUUUUUAUCAAGUUUUAUAAUCUUCAGUCUUAUAUUUCAAAUUGAACUGGACAAUUCAUAUACUUAAUGAAAUAAAAUGAAAUAUUUUGUUUGUCAUGCCAAGAUCUACACACCAUGAUAAUAAAAAAACCUAAAACAAAUUUAAAUCAAAUUUGAUUUCAUCGAAACUGACAAUGUUUUUAUAGUCUUGAUUUACAAGUAAUUCGGAAAUAUUCGUAGGUAAAUAUUUGUAAAAAAAAAAAUAUCCUGCAUACAUAUUUUCGCUUUUAAACAAACGUGUUCAAUUUAAAAAAUGUAUUCUCCGUCGUGGUAUUAUCAAACGUACAAGGUUAGGUAGGUUGACAAGAGGAUGUGUUCAAUGAUAGUACAUUUUUUUAAAAAUAUAUUUCCCAAUUAAAAUCGAAAAUUUGGACAUAUUUUAUUUUUAUCGCGGUCGUGACUUCAUAACUUAUAUCUUUGGAUCAAACGAAAAAGGGUUAAGUUCUGGGUUCUAUUUUUAUAGUUAUCAAUAUUAUCAAAAUUAAAUAUUGUUAGUACAUACACUUAUUGACUUAUGCAAUAUAGACGAAAAAAAAAUCAUAUACCUAGUUUGUUAUUACCACUACGCAAUUAAUAAUCUGUAUAAUAUUAUAACAACAUUUAACAUCACGUUUCAAAUAAUAACACCCGUGAACAACUCCGUUACUAGAAUCAAAUUUUCCCCCAGUCGACUUAUUGUCAGUACCUAUAAUAUUCAGCUAUUUUUUUUUUCAUACACAAUUGGUCUAAAAUAGUUCUAGUCGUUCACUGGUGUAAAUAAUUCACUAUAGACACUCAGUAACGACGUCUACCCCUUUCCCCAACCAUAAUUAACGGUAUAUUUCCCCUCCUCUCUUUCAGGUGCUGAAAAAUAAACUAUUACUAUCAGGUUACGAUAAGGAAAAACAACAAAAAGAAUUCCACCGAAAUAGGUUAAGUAGUUCCCAAGAUUUUUGCCAACUAACAGACGGUGGGGAUAGGGGUUCAAAGUUCAAACAUUCAAAGGUAUAUCCUCGAUAACACUAGUAUUUAUGUAUUCACAUAUAUUUACUUACUUUUUUGAUUCUUUAGGAUUAUUUAUAACCCGGUAUUUUCUAUAGAAACAUGACAUUUGAGCUUCAAAAUUGUUAGGGAGGAGCUUGAAAUUAGAAGCUUGAAAAGGCGCAUUCUUGAUACUAAACAUAUACCAUACAUCAUAUACAAAUUUCUAUCUUGGUUUCUGAGUUCGAGUUCAUUCGGUCUAAAAAAAGAUGGCAAAAGUUCCUAAAGCAAGAUUUACGUUAUAUAUGUAUAACAGGCACAAUACAAUACCGAUAGUCACCAUUUUCAAGAAAAAUUCGACAUAAAACGUCCGUUGUGAUUUAAAUUAAAUCGGUGGCUACGGUAGGAUAAUAUAUUUUUCACAAACUGGCUAUCUUAUUAUACCUAAUUUUUUUAUUAUAAAGUUAGAUAAACAUUCAAUUGGUAUUAUUAUUAUUAUACAGUUUUAAGUACUUCUUAUUAAUCGGUGUUCGUUAAGAAAAAGACCGUGCUAUGGUUUAUAGUUAAGAUAAGUUGGUAGGUACUUACCUAAAAUUUGAUAACAUUUAUUUUUUUAGACUACGAAUCGAAUAAAAGAUAUUAAUAAUAUUAGGUUUGGUCAGACAUAAAAAAAAACAACAAAGUUGACAGGAAUGCAUACGUACUAUAUAUCAUUUCUAUCAAAUAUAUGAAAUGUUCUUUUCAAACAAAACAAUGAAAUUUAAAUAAAAAUAGUUAACGCAUAUUAUCCUUGGCCAAUAUAAUACAAUAUAUUACUAAAUUUAUUGUGAUCAUUUGUAAUAAUAAUAGGUCAUCUUAAAGAUUAUACUCGGAUGUUUUUGUUAAUUUUUCUCGCACGAAGAAGUUUCAUUUCGGAUCGCGUUUUAAUUUUAGCAACAAAAGAUUGAGAGUUCGAAAAAACCUAAUGAUUAAUUUUUAAACGUACUGUUCUGUUCAAUGUGUUUUUCUUCUUACGUUAUUUGUAUACAAUAUAUUAGUCAAGUAUAUUUGUAUGAUGGUUUUUUCAAAUAAAAAUUAAAUAAAUUGCAUUGAUUUCUUUUUAUUUUAACCGACCAAUUUGAUAAUUUUUAUAGUAUGCAUUAAUUUUGAUCGUCUAGAUGUAAUUAUUUGAAAUACAACGUCGCUCGUAUCAUAAUCCAUAAUAUUAUUUAAUAUCGGAUAUAUUUUCGACAAAUUUAUAAAAUCUUUUUUCGCGAGUUAUGAAAUGUAUUUGCGGCCAUAACUUUUUGAUUUUCAAUCGCAUUUGUUCGUCGAGUGUAGUACGAAUUAUUCGACUGAUAAUAAACUAAUUAAUUACUGGUGUUUUCAGUGCCAGAACACUAAUUACCUUUGCAAUUUCAAUGUUCAAAACCCAAUUAAAAACUACCUUUUGUAAUUACUAUUCUUUCAGAAAUUAAGUUUGACGUAACCCUUGAACGGUGUGGUGUAAUAUUAAAAAAGGUAAUCAGAUGUACAGAAAUAAUAAAGGUUUGUCGUAAAAAAAAAAUAAAAAUUGUGGGCGUCUAGUAGCCUUUUGGUCUACCCGCGGCAUAUUUUUCUGCGUUGUUAUACGCGUCGCUUUAUACGCAUAAGGCUGUACACGUUCGCUGGGAACGCGUGUACGUCGGACGACGUCGUCCGACGUCUUGAUUGGAAACAAAUGCCCUCGCGCAAGUGAGGCCACCUACGGUGCGACGGAACGGCAGCGCGUACGUCGUGCCGACCCGUUCCGACGGGCGGCUUUGGACCGCCGUCGGUUGCGAAUCCAAUCAUUUUGUUUUUCAACGUGCGCCGUCCGCUACACGUGCGUUUGGACCGGUGCGUAUCUAUUUGUUUUAUCAUUUUUAUAAGAACGCGGAUAUAAAACAUUUUAAUCGAAUUGGCGAAGGAAAAUUCAGAUUUGUGUGAAAUUUUUUAUAAAUAAUUUUUAGUAAAAUUUGUCUGUGUAAUCUCGGAGGGGCAGACAGAUCCAGAAAUAUUCGCCGUUAUUUCUAUUUUUAUUAAAUUCGUGACGUUGGACGACAUCCGUGUCCAGUACAGCCUAAGAAGUAUAUCCGACAAAUAGCCAACUGGCGAAUGACUACGCUAUUGACGAAAACCCGGACCAAUUUUAUUACCCAAAAACUCGUUUUCUAUUAAUUUUCAUAAUACCCACACAACAUUGUCCGACAUGCUCCUCGCCGAGCGAAAUUAACCAAGUUCGGUGUUAAACAUGAUUUUAAAUUCAUGUUUUCAAAAUCGAAAUGUUUCGAUACUGGUGUAUUUUGAACACAAUCUAUUGUAUCGAUGUUAUUACAGUUCUAUAGAAAGAGCAGAAUACUACACUGUCUGGUAUACUGUAUAAAGAUUGGUCCCGGGCCGGGUGUUUGAACAGGUGUUUUCUAGUAGUUUUAGUACAAUAGUAGUCAUCAUCACAACCAUGUGUCUUCGAGUUCGAGUUUGCCGUCCCUGUUUGGAAAAAAAAAGUGUUUAUUGAAUAUCGUGUCCACCACGAACAAGCACUAUGAACGAUUUACGUCCAAUACAUUUUCUCUAUCCGCGAAAUAUAAUAUAAUUCCAUCCCGUUAUUUUUUAACCCCUGGAUGUCGACCUAAACGUACAAUACGUUGUCCUUAUUCAAAAUAUCGUUAUAGUACACUCCUCGUUUGAGCGGGUGUAGCCGAAUUAGCGGGGACGUUGAAUUUGCUCCCUCGUCAUUAAUUUCAAAAAUACAUUGGUUAUCAAAAUUGUUCAAAAUGAUAAAUAAUUUAAUCUUACAUUAAAGUAAUUUUUAAUUAUAUAGAGUUAAAUAAAAAUAACAAUAAUAAAGUCGCGUUAAAAUAAUAAUAUACAUGUAAUAUUAUUUAUUAGGUUAAAAUUUGUUAGCUAGUGCUUGUAUAAUGUACAAUUAUUAUAUUAAAAUUUGUAUGCGACACCAACUUCUAAUAAAAAUUUCAGUAUUAGUGUGAACACCAUAUAAUACAUUAAAAAAAAAAAUAAUUUCAUUAUAAUAUAAGUGUACAACAUUAUAGUACUAUAUUAUUCAAUAAUAAUAUAAUCAAAAAGCAUAGAUCAGAACGAACGUAUUUAAUUGGAAAAAUCCAAUAAAUGGGAAAAACUGAGGAAAAUGGGAAAAUGUACGAAAUGUAGGUAUUAGUAAAACAAUAUUACGGCUUUUUUUUCCUGUAAACAGUUUGUUCUACCAGCAAUUUUGUUCCGAUUUUAAAUUGUAGCACUAUUUUCUAAAAAGAAAUCAGACUGGGGUGGUACUCUAAGCAGACCAUUUUUUGAUUUUUCCCAAUAAAUGGGUAAAAACGUACGAAAAAAAUGGGAAAAUUUAUAAAAGUAUUAUUUUCAAUUGUUUGUUUUUUGUUUUGUUUUGAUUCAGUUGAAAAUAUUUUUAGACUUGAAGUUUGGACAGAAAACUUAUAUUUGCCUUUUCUAGACGUGAUAAAAUUGUCAAAACAUUGUAGCCAUUUUUCGACGUUUUAAUUUUACGGAGUUUCUUUUACAUAAUUUUUGUUUGGUAGGUAAUCCGUGGAUAAAAUUGUUGAAACAAACCGAAAUACUAGACAAUUUAACAGGUUUAUUAUAAGGCUUACUUUGUCGUUAAAAAUAAAAUAUUGAGUGUAAUGUAGAAUUUUAAUAUUAAAAUUUGACAAAAAUCGUUUUUGUAAAAAAUAUUAUUAAAGAAAAUAUAUAAAGCAUGUGCUAUUAUUUUACUGUAAUAUAUUAUAAUUUUGACAGAGCAAUAUAAUUAACCGAACUUCGCUCAGAAUCGUUUUUCGUUAGGAACUGUUAAUUGUUGCGUACAUACAAUAGAUCUUCCCUCUACCUUCACAACUUCUCACUUACAACAGUAGCCCAUCUAUCGUGUGAAGUAUGUCCGUCUGUUUCGUGUUUAACUCUUAUCAUUUUCGGACAACUACCCCGAUCCUCUGGUCACUGCGAUAACAAUGGUAAACAUACAGAUUCAACAGUUAUCACAACAUAAAUGUAUAAUAUCGGGCCAUAUACCUAUAGGCCAUCGAAUUAAAUCAUUGCUUGUGGCUUCAACCAAAAACAUUAGUAUGAUAACAAGGCAGUUAGAAAUCUAGUUAAUUGUGUACAUAUUAUAUAUAAUUAUGCACUUUGGUGAUAUUAAAUAUCACCCAAGUGCAAAUUUUGUGAUAGGUAAUUUAUCGGUAUUCAUGACUAGUAAGGUAUGCAAGAACAUAACUACAAAUUCAAUUCAAUUUAUUAUUUUUAUCCAGCUAAAAUUUAUAAUUCACUUUCAAAGGUCGUAACUGCAAAACGUCGAUUAAUCAGUUUUAAGGAUGAAAUAAGAUAAGAGCGAUCAUGGAUCAAUAUUAAACUAUGGUUUUUUUUUCUGUAUUUCGUGAAACUCAAAAAUAAAAAAUAGAAACCACAACCUUAGCGAUUUAGGCUGACAAUUUAAUAUUAUAACUACCAGCGUACUUACAAAACGUUAAAUUAAUUUAGUCGGGCACUUCAACUCGAGAUAACCCGUGUCGUUUAAAGACCGAGUAUAAAACAAAUAAUUAAUUAUUUUCUAGAUUAUUUCAAUUUAUUAAAUACGAAUACAAUAUGUGUAAUGAGUAUACCUACUUACUGACGAAAAGUUAGGUUAGUAAUAAUUUCAGCCAUUUGUAUUAGCAUAUUAAAUUUCUAUAAAGUACUGUUUCUGAUUUAAACGUUUCGUCAUAUUUACCGAAAACGUGAUUUUAAAUAAUGUUACGUAUAUCAUAGGUACCAAUUUAAAAUGAAUAAUUAUAUCGUUGUUUUUUUUUUUUUUUUAAUUUUGUUAGGUCCUAAAGUUCUACGGUCCUAUUCUAACAAAAAGCGGAAAGAAAGCGAUCGAAAAGUUUUCGAUUAUUCGUUACUAAGCGUUUAAAAUUUCAACACUGCAGUAAGUACUCGUAGAUGUUGUGUGUGUGUUAUGUUUUUAUUCUAUUGUUAUGCUUAUGAUAAAAAUUAUUACCUACCUAAUAUUUGUUCCGUCUAUAGCCAUAUUUUAUUUUGAAUUAUUAUUAACGCUCCGUUUAUAUUAAGUAUUACUUGUGUGAUUUAUGAUUUAGUAUUAUUUGAUAUUAUGAUAAUUAUUAUUAUUUUGGUUGCGCAAAUCCUACUUAUUUGUUAACUGUAGACGAUUUAUACUUUGUAGUUUUGAAUUUUUGUAAUUUUAAAAUUCUUACAUACUGAAUGCUAUUGCCGUUUAUCUAUUACUUGAAUGUAAAUUGCGUAUGAGUCACUGUGUUUUGCACGUGUACGUUUAGUGUUUUCGAUCAUUGAUCAAAAAUUAUAUCCAUUUAGUGAAAAAUGUGUGUUUGCGUACACAUCGGCGUACGUUUUUUGGUCGAAACGUAUCGAAACGAACUUCAAUAGGUUAAAACUACAUAUUUAUUAUUUAGUUAACUAAAGUAAUUUUACUUUUAUAAGUACACAAUAAAUAUUACAGUUUUAUCAAAUGUAUAGAUUUUGUAUUUGAUUCGUAUUUAUUUCAUGAAAUUACAUUAGUAUCAAAUCAGAAAAAAUAAAAAUGUACGGAUUAAGAUUUUUAUGAAACAAAUAAAAUAAAUAAAUCAAAAUUUCGUCAAAUCACAAACUAUCAUAAACCAUAAAUAAGUAAAUGAAAAUUGAAUUAUAUUAAUAAUUAAGUAAAAUACGAAAUUGAUUUAUAGUGUCACGGUCUUCUAAUUAAAAGAGUACCAAAAUAAUAUUUGAUUUUGAAUGUAUUUUCUAGUUUUUUAAGACUACAAAAUAAUAUUUUAUUAUAUUUUAUAUUUAUAUAAUAUCGUUUGAUAUAUCUAUUUAUUACAAAAAUAUCAUAUUCUUAAAGCAUACCUAAUAAACCAGUUCGGGUUUUUAAUGUUUCGUAUAAAUAAUUCGUAUGGUCCGAACAAUUUGUCCGAUUUUAUCAUUAUAACGAGGUAUACCUUGCUGCAAUUUGGCUUAUAAUAUUAACACUACGCAUUUAUUGUUAUGUAAAAUGGCAAAUUUUCAUUCACCAAAACUAAUUUGCUGAUUAAAUAUUAUAAACGAAUUGAUCUAUUAUCAAACUCGAAGGUAAGAACAUUAUUUAUGUUUAUACACGUUGGUUUUGUCACGAAAUUUUUAUUUUGAAGUGAAUUAUGAGCAUUUAUGAGUGUUAUUUUAAAAUUACAUAUUGCUUAAAUAUCAAAAACGCAACGCACAAAUACAGAUAACGUUCUUACCUUUAACUGUGAUGAUAAUUUAAUUAACUUUACAAUUAAAACUAACAGUCCAAAUUGAUUCUGCUAAGCGCAAUUUCGCAAUUUCGUGCGUUUACAAGAUUGCGUUAAUUCACGUGUUCUGCAAUAUUUCACGUUUCUUUAGUACAUUUUUUUUUUUUUCUAUAAAAAAAAUGUUCGUAUUACAACAUUGUAGAGACGCGCGCAGAUGUAUAUUUGAACUCGAAACACACAAAUAAGGCAGCUGAUAUUAUGUUAGGGUGGACCUUUAUACGUAUACGUUUUCUUUUGUAUGGCGCAGGAUGUUCUUUAUAAUGAAAAUGUUCAAUAGCUUUCAAAUAAGAAUAUAUCAUUGUGCACGCUUCGUCGUCUUUAACGCCAAAUGUACCUUAUAAAACAUAUUUCUGAUAUACGUACGGAGAGAGUUGUUUAAAAUUGAGUAGGUAUUUUUUGGUACUUUUUUUUUUUUUUGUCGAACUCGAAAUUAUUGUCAAAAAUCCGCACGCAGAAUUAUAUAAAACGAAUAUGUACAUAAAUAUCGUAACAAACAUUGUACGUAUUAAACGUGUUUAAUAUUAAAUACCGUCGGUGAAGAGGACACGUCGUUUUUUUUUUUUCCGUGCUCACUACAAUAUAAUAAUAAUAUGCAUAUUAUCCUACUGGUAGUUACCACAAUAAUUUUCAAACUUGAAACGACUGCAUAACAAACUAUACACCAUGAUCGAAAAUCGCGUAUUUCGUAAAAUGUCUGCAUAAUAAUAUUAAAAUGACACUGGACGUUAUAAUAAAACUCGUUUAUCCGACGAGUACCCGAGAGAAACCGCCGACGACGACGCCGUCUCCGCCACCGCCAUCGACGUCGUCAACAACAAUAAUAAUAUUAUCAACGACAACACCGACCACCGGGCGGCUUCCGCGCCACGUGGUGUCCGCCGGUACACGUUUAUUUCGUUUGCGCGCCACUGGCCGCACUGUUAGUCCGGCCGGCUCGCCCCCACCGCGCCAUCGCGCCGCUUCGCCGUCUGCGACCAAAACCGGCGUGAUCCCCUUUUUACAUUGCCGUCGCGCGUAUUCUCGCCGGCAUUGUACCCGCCGCCGCUCCAUUCAUCCCACUCCACGCCGCCGCGGCCGUACACGCUAGCUAACCACGUUGAAAGAAUCCGCUAUUACGCCGCGUUCUCGUGUCUGAACGUCGUUCAUCCGAGCCGACCGCUUCAGUACAUUACUCCUGGUCCGACGUACGACAUCCGCGUAUGCCGUGUGUACCUGUGAGUUUUAUUUCGCCGCCGCGUUCUUACGUCGCAUGUUCGUCGUAGUGUUUUCGUUUGCGCUCAAAACAAUUGCAUUAUUACACCUACUCCACUCCGAAUAAACAUAGUUAUUUAUUUAUUAUAAUAAUAAUAUAGGUACAUUUCCGUAUUUUUCUCAAUACGCUAUAAACAUUAUAAUGGCACGAGGCGCCGUACAAAAGGUAAUCAAUUUUAAUUUUUUUUUAUUUUCGCAUUUAUAAUUUUAUUGUAUUAAAUAAUCCGUAUGACGAUGUUCGUCGUUCGCGCCACACACCGUCUACUCGCUACCGACACGGCCGCAUGCCGCGUGACGUACUCGCAACGUGGUUUUCAGUCCGUCGCGUACUCCGCCACCAUCACGUGACCGUAAAACACGACGUCGCCGCGCCGCCCCCGUGCACCACCGUAUGUCUGAUGGUGCCAACGGGGCCUUUGAUUAUUUUUUCGAUUGUCCUUUUUUUGGGGGGUGGGGGGGGGAGAGGGGCGGUGUUUCUGGACGGUAAUGACGGAUUUUAUUACUGCCGACGUCGGGUUACUUUUCGCCGGCUCGGACACGUGUGCGUACCGCCGUGAUAUCGCGGACGACGGCGACUUUUACCGUAAACGUGUGCUGCUGUCGUGUCGUGCGCGCGACGGCGGUCUCUAUAUCGGCGUGACGCGAAACCGACAUAACCUAACUUAUUCGUGUAUAAGUUUUUCUUUGAGUCGACGACGCGGCAAAUGUCAAACGUCCUUCGCGAUAUUUCCAAUUUGAUGAUUUCAAAUCAUCUGGCCCGCGGGGAAUUUUUUUUUUCAUAUUGUCGUUAUUAGUAUUCCGCCAAGUCCGUGUUAUCGUAACAUUUCCACGAAACGGCCUAAUAACGACGUUCGAAAAUGGGAAAUUACAGAUCGUUGUUAUUUUAGUAAAGCUUAACUAUGCUGUAGGGCAUUGUCGUGUUUCGCUUGUCCGCGCGAUAUAAACGGCCGGGUAAAAACCUCCGGUAUACCUAUUUCCGUGCGCAUACAUUUAUAAUUUUGUCCGUAAAGUACAUAUCAAUGAAAUAUUAUUGAUGUAAAAACUAAAAUCGCGUACGUACGUGCGUUGGAUUUAUUGUUAUAUUUUUAAUUAAUGUACUGUAAUGGGUGUUUGUUUUUUUUUCUUCCGUUCUCUUUAUUUCCAAUAUUUUUUUUUUACAACUUCAGUUUUAAUUAGCAGUUAUUUACGCUUCCGUAAACUGUUUAAUUUCGAAUUGACCAACGAGAUUAAUAUAAUAUUGUUUCACCUCUCGCAUAACACCAGGAUAAUAUUAUAAUAAUACCUAUGUCUUAUUAUCAUUAUAUAAUAAUAUAAAAAAUAUUCGCAGAGAAAUGUUUGCACAGACCACGCCGCCAACGACCAUAUUUCAAAACUCGAUCGCCUAUUAUUGCUCUAAUUACCUUUCUAUUUUAUAUUAUUUAUUAUAUGUAUUAAAUGUAGCCGAGUAUUUUAUGAAAGUGGUACCUCGUCGAUUAUAAAUGGUUUUUGGUUCAUUAGAAUAAAUUACAAUUUAAAACAACCUCUAUUACUAUAGAAUUAAUAUUUAGUUAAUACAUUUUUAUUGAACAUUUCAGUACUGCUAUUCCCUGGGGGAUAUUCCCUUUUACCUAUUCUGGGUCAAUUGUAAAAUUUGAUAAUAUUUUAUUUACUUGAAUAGGUUUACAUUUACUCGAUGAAAACUCUAUAUCGACAAAUUUAAUAAAUACCUAUCUGGAAUUUUUUUUUUUUUUUUUGUCGAUUUCGUAAUGAAAUCGAUGACCCAAUCAUAAUAUCAUUGUCAAACCUUGAAUGUUAAUUCAAUCACAAAUUUGUUAUCGAUAAAGUACGAGAAAAAAAUAUAUGUGUAACAAGACGUGAAAAAAAAAAAUCGGAAUUAGUUUUUUCUCUGCGAUUCGACCCAUGCAAUGAUUUAUAUUAAUUAAUUUUUAAAUACUUGCUGUCAUUAUAAAAUAUGAAAUAAUAUUGAAAUAGUUCUCGGAGUAUAGCGUAAAUAAUAAUAGGUUUUUUUUUUUUUUUUGUCGCAGCCAUGUUUACCAGUAUAACUCCGUUUCGAAAUCUUUUCCUAUUCCUUCCCCUCCCCCUUUGGAGGGUAUUAUCCGCGUACAUAAUAUAAUCCAUUUCAAAAAAUGCCGAUCGAACCUCGUUACGUAGGUACGCACUAUGUGUUCGAUUUGCGGUUUGAUUAUCUCCCAAGUCGCACCAUAAAUGACGCCAUUAAAUGUUAUAUUUUUAGUCUGUUAUCGUAUACGUUUCGCGAUAGGUACAGUUAUUAAGAAAUGAUAAGGAUAUGACAUGAUAAUAAUUUCUUCGAUUGCUGAUUUUUUCCUUCCUAAAUUAUAAGGAAUCUCUUUAGGUGUCUAUUAAAUGUCUGCUGUAGUUCACGAUUGACUCGUAAAAAUGGAUAAUAUAACGUAACGGCAGUAAUUGUUAACAACUGUUGACAAUUGAACGGUUUUCGCUAACCUGGUGUAAAUCGUUCGUUACAGUUAUUAAAUAACGUCGAUACUUGAUUAUUUCAGUUAGUCGUUAUAAAUUACUUUAUUUCUAUAAUAUUUAUCCACGUACAACAUUUAUAACAUUCUUGUAAAUGGGUAUGCAUUUAUAAUAGUGCUAUGCAAUUCACAGAUACUUACCUCAUAAUAUUGUUCGGGUGUUGAACAAAAAUAGUCUGUAUACCUACAGGUUAGUUUUUCUUGGACAUACAUUAUUUUAUUUUCAUUUCACCCUUUUUAGCAUUCGAACGUAACGAGCAUAACAGUUUGAAAAAACGGGAAAAUUUACAUCCAUGUAUUAAAGAAAUUUAAAAAAGAUUGUCGUUAGCAAUGGUUUAUCGUUGUGUACAAAUAUAAAUUAAAUUCUCACUAUAUCAACCUACCUUCCCAACAUCUCACCAACAACAGUGGCCCACCCAUCGUGCAAAGUAUGUGCGUCUUUUUUUUAAGUUCAAUUCUUGCAUUUUUGUAUAUUUUCUUCUAAAAACAAAUUCAAAUGUAUUCCAAUUAUACUAAAGUUGUCAAUUGGUAAUAUUAUAUUAUGUAGGUAUGUACCUAUCUACCUAACUUUUAUUACGUGUAUGUCGGAAGUUAUUUUUUUUUUAUAUAAAGAACAGUCUGAUUUUCGAUCAUGACCUAUUCUUGUAUCAAACAUAUUUGAGUAAGGUUUAUUGACUGAACGUGGUAACCAGCCAGACCAGUUAUGUUUUGUUCUUUUUUUUUCUCGAUUCAAAACGUCAUAUUAUGUUCAUGGAAAAACCGGUAUGCAGUCUGAUUUCUUCUCGGGCACAGCCUCCAGCAAAUCUACUAUUUAUGGGUACACUUUCCGACAACGCCCGAGUUAUAUUUCGAUACGUUAUGUGCAAAUUUACAAUAUGACACGAUCGAAUAGAAUAGAAUAAUAUCGACAAACGGUUGCAUUCUGUAAUCUUACAGUGAGAUUUCGGUUAUUAAUAAUGAUUUUAUACCUACGUUUGUAAUAGAUAAUAAGUACCUAUUAUUAGGAUUUUGGUUGAGAUAAUAGAUAAAAAAAAUUUUUUACAUUAAUUGGUUAUUUAAAGUAAAAUAAAUCGAUUUUGAUUGACAAUUUUACAAAUUUCCAUUUUUUUUUUUUUUAAAUUAUUUAACUCUAAAGUAAUUAAAUCAUAUAUCGAUCGUUGAAAACUAUUUUCAAAUGUUUUUUUUCUGUGAUAAGCGUAGACAUAUAGAUCUAGAUGGAACAUUCACCACGAGUACUGGGAGAUGUGGUCGGUCCGAACGGAUCAAGAGAGAUAGGCUGAUAUAAUGCUUAGUGUGUGAGAGAGAAAGCAAAUUUUAACUAUGAACACUCCGUUUUAUCAUUAUCAUCUCGCGUGUUUCUUACCUUCGAAAUUAUUUUAUUAUUAGGUACAGUAAAUUUUAAAAUACGUAUUAUUUAUUUUUAGUGAAAUAUUUGUCAUUGUUUUUCUUUGACACUUAUUUCUCAAUAUUUGGUUGUAUUUGGGACGAUGCAAUCCUCUGCGAGUUUUCUAGGCGAGUGUCAGUCUACAGUUCUGGUUUUCCAAGUGUUCCGACUAUCAGGCGAUGGCGUGGUGAACAUUUAUUAACCAUGAUGCACAGCAUAAAUAUAAAUUUCAGUGCAUAUUCAUCCUUAACCUCUAAAUAUUGUAUAAAAUAUAAAUAAUUGUUAUAAUUAAAUGUAAUUGUUGUAUUAUACUUUUGCUUACCUUAAUGUAAUCACACUCCCACCCCUCCAAAUUUUUUUUACCAUGACGUCCAGGCGCCAUAAUAACCCUUUCACCACGCCACUGUUAUAGGUAUAUGUAUUGACCAAUCGUCAACAGCCAACUCUCUGAAAUAAACGGAUUAUAAUAGUUAAUCUAAUCUAAUUUUAUCUUAUCGCAUUAUACAUAAAUUAGACUACCAACGUGUUUUCGAUAGAAAUAUCUUCUAAUAACCACUUUAAUUUAAUGAAACUAUGCUUAAAAUGAAUUCGCCAGCCACAAAUAAAGACAAUGUGUGCCGCGGGUUGAAGAUCCCUGGUAUAGAUGUAUAAGUCUUAUGGUGAUAACACACAAAUCCGGACACGUUUUGGCAUGUCCCCUAACCUUUAACCGUGUCUUUGAUGUUUUGUAAUAACAACUGAUAAUAUUAUUUAUACCCCUGCAAAGCCGCAACUUUUAUCACAUUAAAUUUAAAAAAAAAAAACUAUAGUAUUUUGAUUUUAAUUAAUAUAUCAUUCAUUAUUUAAACCUAUAUGAAAAAAAUAACAAGUCUAUUUUGUUUACUGUUAAUCUAUUUAUAACAAUCUUUAAGUAAAAAAAAAAAAAAAAUGAUUAGUGCAGUCCCCAUUCAGUUAAUUUGUGAAAAUUUCGUAAAAUAAUAUUCAUAGGCAAUUGAAAAUUAUUGAGUUGAUUUUAUUUUGCUACAAGUAGGUAUUUUUAAUUGCUAUCUAUAAUAUUAAAAUCGGAUAUAUGAUAUAAAUAUCAUAAUAAUAUAUAAUAUGUCUCUUAACCAUCUGUGUCAGCCGUCACAGAAUUUGACUGCUUUUUUGUUUGUUGUAAGUUCACUAUGUACAAAACAAAUAAAGAUGCAAAUUUUUAACAUUCGUCAAUUGUGUGUUAAUGUAAAUCAAACAUCUGUUGCUCAACACCAUCUAAUAAUCGAAAAAUUACUAUAAUGUUUUCUAAUUUUUCAAUAAUGUGUUUUUUUUAUCAAAAAUAAUUUCAAUUUAUGUAUUGGUAUUUAAUCCCUACUCAGUAUAAAUACCUAGGUGAUAAUUAUAAAAAAACAAUUUAAUUUAAAUAGUAGGUAUUUUCAUAAUUUUUUAAUAUCAUAAAUUUAAUAUCUUGGGAUCAUUUUAAACAUUUAAAAAAGAGGUUGAAUAUUUUGUACAUAAUUAUUAUUAUGAUUUAAUUUCAUUAUAUUUCUAUGUAUACCUAUUGAUAAGAAAUAUUCUCAAAAUUAUUUCCUAUAUUAGAUGUACUUAAUACCUAACUAGCUAUUUAUUAAUAUUUUCAAGAAUGUUACAUUUAAUAAUUGGAUGUGUUUGAUCAAAUUAAGAUGAAACUAUAUGUCAAAUUAUUCAUAGCCCAACCUAUACAAAUUUAUUAUUUCUGUAAAUGUUCUAAAAUAUAAAUGUUUAUUUUUUAGGUUCUAUACUUAUAUCAAAGUGGAUAUCAUACGAUAUGUUCAAGGUGAGGACUGUAUCGCUGGGGAGAAUUUUAACGUUUUCGACAGCCGUCUUAUACCUCGGUUAUCUUUGGUACAAGCACAAGAGAGCUUUGUCACAUCACCCGAGUGACAAGAAGAGACCACGUUCUGAAUCAUCAGAACUGACUAAAAUUGAUAAUCAAGAAUUGUUACAGGCAUUAGAAAAAGCCUCUCGUACAUUGGAAGUAUCUCAAAUUGUUGAAGAAGAACCAAUUGAAAAUUCUGUGAUUUGUGAAGAAAUCGUGGAACCUACUAUCAAUCAAGUAGAAAUAAAAGAAGUUGAAUCAUUUAUUGAUAUUUCAGAAUUACAUGACACAAAAGUAAUAACAAUGUCUAGUGAACAACAAGUGUGCUUUGGAUCGGAAAUAAGUAAAAUAGAAUCAUUAACUGAAAACUUUGAUUCGUUGAUAUUAAGUAGAGAAACGGAGCAAAAAAAUGAACUAGAAAAUGCUAUAAAUAUUCAACAAGUAAAAGAAAAUAUUGAUGAUGUAGAAAAUCCAUGUUCAAUAGAAAAAGAUAGUUGGACAGAAAAUGAAGACCAUUGUGAAUGUCCUAAAACAGUUAUUGCAAAGAAAGUAAAAAAAGAUGAAGAGCCUAUGUUAUUUGAAGGAAUUAAAUUCAAAGGAAAAAAGAAGAAAACCAAUCGAAAGAAAAUCCAGCCAUCACAAGAUACCAUCAAGAUUUCUUCUAUGUCACAUAAUAAAAAUAAAGCAAGUAACUCAAUACAAAAUAUAAAAAAAAAUCACGUAAUAGAUGAAGAUUGUGAUUCAGCGCAUAGUGUAGAUCAUAGUGUUGAUACUAAUGAUGCACCAAAUACGGUUUACUCAGAUAUUAGAAGUGAAGUGAGUUCAAUUUAUUUUAAAUUUGAAAUUAAUUGAUUGCUAUUACUUGAUAAUAAUAAUAUGUUUUAAAAUCUAGGGUUCUCAAGACAGUGGUAAAGGUGGUAGCUCCUUUUCGGGUGAACUGCGCACAGUAUCAGAUUCCGAUGAGCAAACAAAUUAUGACUUUUUGGUUCCAAUUGAUUUAGUAGGGCCAAUUAUUGGUAAAAAAGGAGCAUUUGUUAAGUAUAUCAAAGAAAAGAGCAAUGUUCGGCUUUUUGUUGAUAACAAGACUGAAAGUCCAGAGGAUAGAUAUAAAAUGUGUACAUUAGUUGGCAAGUUCAAAUUUAUUCAGUUUUUGAAUUUAAUUGUUAUUAAAUGUUAUUAAAUUGUUAUUAAAUGUGUAUUAUUUUAAUUUAUAUUUUAGGAUCUGAAAUUAAUAUUAAUAAAGCACUCAAGUUAAUUAGAAUCAAGUUUCCUGAAAGGAAUUACCCAGAAUUUACUUUAGAGUGCAUUACCCCAAUGUUAGAAGGCUCACCUAUUAUUUCUCAACUUUUCAAGGUAAAUUUGUCUUAGUAGUAAUUUAUUAAUUAUAAUUUUAAUAUUGUGAUUUGUUUGUGUUUAGUCUCAAUUAAUUGAAGGCGUUAAUAACCACGUUAUCAUCACUGAUGUCAUAGCUACUGAUCAUUUCUUUGUACACAAUGCCUCCAGUCCAGAUUACGCAUUGCUCUCCUCUUUGAAUUUUGCCAUGAACGAUACAUUUAUAAAUGGCAAAGAAGACAUUCCGGAAGUUGACCUACGCACAGUUACUCAUGGUAUUUAAUCACUUUUAGAUUUUAAAUAUUGAAUUUAUUAAUUAUUAUUAUGAUGGAUUUUUAUAUAGGUUCUGUAGUAGCCACUUACAGUGAAGGUAAUUGGUACCGUGCUCAAGUGAUCGAUGUUGAUGAAAAAAAAUACGAAUCUGCUAAUGUAUUUUUUUUGGAUUAUGGUGGUUGCAAAAAAAUUGAACAAUGUGAUAUGAGGCCUAUGCAUGAUUCAUUAAUAUCAUUAAGUUUUCAAGCAAUUGAAUGUUGUUUAGCUAAUAUUGCUCCAAGUGAGUCCACUAAUAUUAUUUGCUAUAUAUUAAAUAAAUAUACCAAUCCAUAAAACAAAAUCCUCAUACUAUAUUUUUAAUGAUACCCUUGACAAAUAUCCUCCAUUCUAAUAGUCCAAUUCUUUUUUUGCAAACGCCUACACUCCAUAUCUACAACUAUUGGAACUCUUUAAUCUCCUCACUAUCUAUCCCUGGGAACUCUAGAAGUUAUCUAAAUCAAAUUUGGUGUUGUUACCUUUUGAACAAUUUAGUUCAGCAACCCCAUACUAUGAUUUACCAGCAAUGAUUGGCUUCUUCUUUCAAGUCUGCUGUCUAUUUUAUAUUAACAUUCAGAUAUACUAUGUGCUUAUUGUAAAAAUUGUUCUAUUUCAUAUAAUAAUUUAAAAAAUUAAAAAAUGUACUUAAUAUAAUAUAAUUCCUAUUUUUUUAUUAUGUCAGCUUAUGGUGAGUGGAAUGAAGAAUCCCUUAAAGUUUUUCAAUCACUGACAACUGGCAAAAUGUUGUUUGCACAAGUCGUUUACAAGUCUGAUAGUGUACAAUUUAUUAAUUUGCUAGCAUUUGAUGGGUUAAUUGUAAGUUUUAUUUAUUUAUUUUAAGUAUUAGAGUUCUGUAGUAUAUUUCUAAUUUUUAUAAAUUAUAUUUCAGACCUUUUCUGUUAAUGAUGAACUGAUAAAAUAUGGAUUGGCUAUCUAUGUUCCCCCCAAUGGUAUUUACAGUAAUGAAACAACACUGGAAAUAGAAAAUGAAGAAAUAUACGCACCGGCAUAG